AUGUCAAGUAAUAAGAGAAAGAAUGAAGAGCUCGACUCGGCUGGUAUAGACCAGUUGAACAAGAGAGUUGCAUUGGACAGUGAACAAUUGGCCUUGACUGAGCAACAAGAAGAAAAAGCGCAGACCGCUCCCGCAAUUGGCACAGGAGAGGAAGACCAAGAUAUUAAACCAGAGCAGACCGAAAAUGAGAACUCGCUACAAGCACACGCAGCAGUCCCUCAAGGGCCCUCCAAUGACCCAGAAGACGAAAGAAACCAGGGACCCUCUAAACCUAUUUCCAACCACAGGGAGAGAGAAAAUGAUCCUACUUACGUGCUGUUACGAAUGUACUGUCCUGUUAAGGAAGCCAGUUGCAUUGUGGGUAAAAAAGGUGAGACCAUUAAUCAUAUCAGAGAAAAAGCUAAUGUCAGAAUGAAUGUCAGUGAGAACUUGAAAAAUGUUCCAGAAAGAAUCAUCCUGGUUAGAGGGCCAGCAGAGAAUGUGGCCAGGGCAUUUGGUCUAAUUACUAGAACAAUUUUGGAAGAACCGGAAGAUGAACCUGCAUCCAUUAUGAGCAGACAAUACAACUUGAAAAUUUUGGUUCCACAUCCCAUGAUUGGCUUCAUAAUCGGAAAACAGGGUAUAAAAUUCAGAGAGAUUGAAGAGAAUUCAGCUGCGAAAUUGAAGGCAGCAGAACAACCGUUGCCAUAUUCUACUGACAGAAUAUUAUCUAUAACAGGUGUUGGUGAUGCCAUUCAUAUUGCAAUCUACUACAUCUCGCAGGUGUUGAUAGAACACAAAGACACUCUCAAGAAGAGUAAGAUCAUAUAUUACAACACAGCAAAUUACCAAAACACCAUGAACAAUAAUGUGAUGAAUAUGUCCAUGAUGCCCAAUCCUUCUAUGAUGGUAAUGGGGGGUGCUGGUGGAACCAAUCCACUUACCAUGCAAGAUAUCAAAGACCCUUCCAUAGGAAUGAAUUACAAUCAAGUGAAACCAAAUCAAUACGGUCAACAGAAACCUUAUAAUUUCCAAAUGAUGUUCCAACCUGCCACACACCCACAACAGCACUAUGGUGUAAUGCCAGGUCCUGCACCUCCUAUGGCAGUCCCUCCACCUCAGAAUUCAUACACCGAUGAGCAUGGAAACAAUAUCAUAGGUGAUGUUAUCACACACCCACCUGUUCCAGCAGGCCAAAAUGGAGAUAAGUUUAAUCAAGACAUAUUUGUCGCAAAUAUGAACAUAGGAUCAGUGAUUGGUAAAGGUGGUAACAAUAUAAAACAAAUCAGGGAAAAGAGUGCAUGCACUUAUGUGAAAAUCGAACCUGACAAGGGUCAAUCUAUUAUGUUGGGUGGAGGUAAAGGUCUUACAAACAUAAGAAAGUUGACUUUAACGGGCUCAAUGAAUUCGAUUCAAAUGGCAAUCUUUUUGAUUAAUCAAAGAAUAAUUGCUGACAAAGAAAGAAAUGCCCAUCAAUAG